AUGCGACCCUCGAUUCUGUCAGAGCCCGAGAGACGAGCUUUUUCGGAGUACCUUCAAGGCUCUAAAAAUGUGAUGGCACUUCUUGGAGCCGGCCUCUCGGCGGCAUCAGGGCUCCCAACAUUCCGCGGCGCCGGGGGCGUAUGGCGGUCGUAUCCUGCGACGUCUCUCGCGACCCCAGAGGCUUUCGCGGCGAAUCCAGGCUUUGUUUGGCAAUUUUACAGCUAUAGACGACAUAUGGCUCUGAAAGCGAACCCGAAUAGAGCGCAUUUCGCCCUCGCGGAGCUGGCAAGAAAGAACCCGCACUUCAUUACCUUAACCCAGAAUAUAGAUGGCCUUUCCUCGCGAGCCCACCAUCCGGAAUCCCAGCUCCACCUUCUCCAUGGCUCCCUCUUCGACGUAAAGUGUGCCUCUCCCUUCUGCACUUACGUUACGCAGGACUACAACGAUCCCAUCGUGCCAGCCCUUGGUAUUCCCAAAGCUGGCCCCGAACCAAUUCCCUCUGCGAACGACAAGACAGGUGAAGAGGCCGCUAAAUCUCUCUCCGCUGCUAUGCAAUGGAAAAGUGAGCCGCACGCUUCACCUGCAGGAACAACAACAGCAGCACCUGGGGAGGAGGGUGUAGAACUCGAUAUCUCCAACGCAAACGUACCCAUCCCGCACAUCGCAUCAGCGGAUCUGCCCCAAUGCCCUCUAUGUAAGGAAAACAUCCUCCGGCCGGGUGUGGUAUGGUUUGGCGAGGCGCUCCCUCCUAAGACAGUAGAUACCGUUCAGAAGUGGAUUGACGAUGCGGAUAGGAUUGAUCUUAUCCUUGUCAUCGGGACCACGGCGCAGGUUUUCCCUGCCGCGGGGUAUGUGGAGGACGCAAGGGAUAAGGGGGCACGUGUGGCGGUUGUUAAUAUGGAUAUCGCAGACAUACCUCCAGGGGGGAUGUUUCCUGGGGACUGGUUUUUCCAGGGGGAUGCAAGCGUAAUUGUGCCGGAGCUUUUGAGGGAUGUUAUUGGGGAUGUUUAA